AUGCAAAGGCCAGAUACCAGUGACCCGGAGCACUACGGCUUGGGAAGCAGGGAGUUCUCAUCGAUCGGAGCAAAGAUGCAAAGGCCAGAUACCAGUGACCCGGAGCACUCCGGCUUGGGACGCAGGGAGUUCUCAUCGAUCGGAGCAAAGAUGCAAAGGCCAGAUACCAGUGACCCGGAGCACUACGGCUUGGGAAGCAGGUCGUAUUCCUUGCCUUACGAUCCUUGUUGUACAGCACAGCAAAAGAGGCAGACGAUCAAGACGAUGUCCUCCAGGGAUACCCGUCGAUCGAAACCGAGGUGCUUUAAGAUCUGGUUCGCCAAGACCUUAGGCGUAGCUGUCAUACUUCGAGUAAAGUCUCUAGUCUUUUACGCUAGGAACAUAGCGCGUCUAGGCGCGGAAGCUACCGCUUAA